CCCAGUCAGUGACUAGAUACAAUUUCAUCACUUGCGGGAAAUUAAAAUUGCAUAAGUUUUAUUUUGCUUUACAAUUAUUGACCUUACUACCCUACUCUACUCUACUCUACUAAGUAGAUAAAAUUAGAUUUUUUUUCAGAUCAGAAAAACGACUGAUGCUCUGGUAUAUAGUAUAAAAAUAGAAACAGAAAUGUCGACCUCCUACUUUAUCAAAGGAUCUCCUUUUCCUAUAUCCAUUUUCUAAUUAAAGAAGUUUAAUAUCGUAUCAGGGCCCACAGUUACACAAAAUUGGUAAAAAAAAUUCUAUCCACAGAAUACAACACAGACAUCUGCGUUCUAGGCGAUAUCAACAAAAUGGCGAAUGCGCUGGGAUAGUGAAUAGGUUCUUCUAAUGCUAAUAAUACUAAUAACGGGGAUAGUGAAUAGGUUCUUCUAAUGCUAAUAAUACUAAUAACGGGGAACACUUCAGCGCGAGUCGCGGUUGUUAUCUUUAAGUCGAAAUAGUUAUCUCCUGCUGCGACCAAAAACGAUUGAGUAACGUUAUUUAAAUUGUGAUUAGGUAGAAAUCAAAAUAAUUAUGCUCUGGGAGAUACAAGUUUCUUAAAAAUCACAUGCACUUUCACUGAUAACUCUUUGACCCCGGCCCCGUUACACUCCGCCAGUUUUUAGUCUGAUAGCACACUUCGAGCAGUACAUAAGCGCGGAACUAUUUUACCUAAAUAUUGAGGAUCACCUAUCGAUGAAAGAUUCAGGAUAUAGUCAAUUUUUAACUACUACCAACGAUUUCUUGAAUGAAAUUUUCGGCAUUUGCAAAGCUUGCCUUUCGGAAGAAAUCAUGGCUGCCGUGCCGCAGGGCGUUUUUGCUGCUGAAAAAGUGAGGAAAAAUCUGGAAAGCGCCGAAAAUCAUUACUACCGGGACAAUACUAGCUUGAACGCCACCAACUAUAGUAGUAAGUACAUGAACAGCAUUUGGGGCAUGUACAAUCGCUUCUCCGUGCACAAUUUGAAAAAAGUAAUGGAUGACAAUAAACUGCAGCAUCAAGUAUUGGGAUCGGGUGGUGAGCCUAGAGCGACCGGAUCCAAACUAUCAGUCUCUGUAGAGAGACUUUGCCAUUUGCCUUUGUAAAAUACAAGCUCUGAUAUUUGAAAUAAAUUGCUUUUUUGAAUUGUAGACAAUGAUCCCAACCUGUU